AUGAAGCAUCUCACUGGUCUCCUUUUCUGCUCCCUGGUCCUGGAAGUCAGCAGUCAGAGCUGGUUUUCAUUCCUUGGUGAAGUUUACCAAGGCACUAGGGACAUGUGGCAAGCCUACUCUGACAUGAGGGAGGCCACCUGGAUAGGUGCAGACAAAUACUUCCAUGCCAGAGGGAACUGUGAUGCUGCCUGAAGGGGUCCCGGGGGAGUCUGGGCUGCUGAAGUCCUCAGGUAAACACAGACUGUUGGGAUGCUGGGUCUGGGUAGCAGGGAUUUAUUCUG